UCGCGGGCCUCUCCCUUUCGCCGGAAGGCGCCGUGGAGCGCUGCGCCCGGGCGGGUUGAGUCAGCCCCGGGGCCCGGGCGGGUCCGCCCAUGGGGCUGGACAGCGAUUUCUGCGCUCGGGCCGCCUCGCCGCCGCGGCCUUGGGCGCCCGGCCACCCCGCCGCCCGCGUCCCGAGUCCGGAGUGAGAUCGCAAACUUCCGGGGCGCGCGCGGGCCGAGCGGGGGACCCCCCUGCGGUGCUCGGGCCCCGACGCCUCGGGAGGGCGCCCGAGGAGCCCGUCCCGGGCGGGCCGUGCGCCGAGGGCGAGCCCGGGGCCGCCGCGACGAGCCGGGCCGGCGGGCGACGACGCGAACGCAGUAGUUAUGGCCACCCAGGUAAUGGGGCAGGCGUCUGGAGGAGGAGGGCUGUUCCCCGGCGGCGGCAACAUCGGCAUGGCCCUGUCCAACGACAUGUAUGAUUUGCACGACCUCUCCAAAGCGGAACUCGCUGCGCCGCAGCUCAUCAUGCUGGCCAAUGUGGCCCUCACGGGGGAAGUCAGCGGCAGCUGCUGCGAUUACCUGGUUGGCGAAGAGAGGCAGAUGGCCGAGUUGAUGCCGGUCGGGGACAGCAACUUCUCCGACAGCGACGGGGAAGGCCUGGAGGAGUCUCCUGAAAUCAAAGGGGAGCCCAGCGGCCUGGCCAGCGUGGAACUUCAGAGUUUGGAACUCAGUGUGGUGGAGCCGCAGCCUGUGUUCGAGGUGCCCGCGGCCCCAGAAGCGUACAGUUCGAGUAAAGAGGUCCCCCCCGAAACACCUGGGGCAGAGGACAAGUGCAAGAACCUGAAGACCAAGCCCUUCCGCUGUAAGCCGUGCCAGUACGAAGCCGAAUCCGAGGAGCAGUUCGUGCAUCACAUCCGAGUUCAUAGUGCCAAGAAGUUUUUCGUGGAGGAGAGUGCAGAGAAGCAGGCGAAAGCCAGGGAGUCCGGCGCAUCCGCGGGGGAAGAGGGAGAUUUCUCCAAGGGGCCCAUUCGCUGUGAUCGCUGUGGCUACAAUACCAAUAGAUACGAUCACUACACGGCGCACUUGAAACACCACACGAGAGCCGGGGAUAACGAGCGUGUGUACAAGUGCAUCAUCUGCACCUACACCACAGUAAGCGAGUAUCACUGGAGGAAACACUUGAGAAACCAUUUUCCAAGGAAAGUGUACACAUGUGGAAAAUGCAACUAUUUUUCAGACAGGAAGAACAAUUACGUUCAACACGUUCGAACGCACACAGGAGAACGCCCAUAUAAAUGUGAACUGUGUCAUUAUUCAAGUUCUCAGAAGACUCAUCUAACUAGACAUAUGCGUACUCAUUCAGGUGAGAAGCCAUUUAAAUGUGAUCAGUGCAGUUAUGUGGCCUCUAAUCAGCAUGAAGUAACGCGCCAUGCGAGACAGGUUCACAAUGGCCCUAAACCUCUUAACUGCCCGCACUGUGACUACAAAACGGCAGAUAGAAGUAACUUCAAAAAACACGUAGAGCUGCACGUGAAUCCACGGCAGUUCAAUUGCCCUGUCUGCGACUACGCAGCUUCCAAGAAGUGUAAUCUGCAGUAUCACUUCAAGUCCAAGCAUCCUACCUGUCCGAGCAAAACCAUGGAUGUCUCAAAAGUCAAGCUAAAGAAAACCAAAAAGCGGGAGGCCGACCUGCCCAGUAACGACAUUACCAAUGAGAAACCAGAAACGGAGCAGGCGAAAGUCAAAGGGGAUACGUCGGCUGGGAAGAAAAACGAGAAGUCUUUAAAGGCGGAGAAGAAGGAUGUUUCUAAAGAGAAAAAGCCCUGUAACGCCCCCGUCCAAGUGACCACGAGAACGCGCAAGUCGGCCAUGGAAACGAAGGAGCCGGAGCCGCCUCCCAGGAGCACCUCGGAGAAAAGCUGUAAAACCAAGAAGAGCAAAAGGAAGCUGGAGGCCGAAGCCCAGCCCCUCCCCGAGCCUGCUCCCGAGCCGGAACCGGCUGCGAAGAAGAAAAAGAAGGCCGAAAGCAAACCCAGAAACAGCCAGGACGUGCCAAAGGCCGCCGGCAAGGUGGAGGAGCCGAGAAGGCAGAGCGCGUGCGUGCGCAGGAGUUCGAAGAAGAAAACGCUGAAGAGCAAGGCCGGCAGGAAGGGCGGCAAGCCCGCUCCCAAGGGGCCCGCGCACAGGGAGGCGGCGGCGCGGGAGCCGGAGCCGGAGCCGGAGCCUGAGCCUGAGCCGGCCCCGAGGGAGCCCGAGCCGCCCGCGCCUGCCUCCGCGCCGCCCGCGUCCCCGGGACCUGCCCCCGCACAGCCGCCCGCGUCCGUGGACGAGCCCAUGGACGAGCCCAUGGACGCGCCUGCCCAGACGGAGCCGCCGCCCGCCGAGCCCGUCCCCAGAAAGUCGCCUCGCAAAGAGAGUAAGAAGGAGAAGCAGAGCGAGCCGAAUCAGGCGGCCCGGAAGGAGCAGAUCUUGGGGGAGGUGGGCCUGGUUCCCGUGAGGGAGAGUGCCGCGGCGCCCCCCGCGCCCGACGGGGCCCGCCCGGAAGCCGAGGCCCAGAUCCCGCAAGAGCAGGAAGCCAGGCCGGAAGCCAGGCCGGAAGGCGCGCGGGGCGAGGGCGCGCAGGGCGAGGUACCGCCCGCCGACCCCGCAGCGCCCGCGCCCCAGCUUGAGCCCGAGCCCGAGCCCGAGCACGAGCCUGAGCCUGUGCCUGUGCCUGUGCCUGAGGCCGUUCCCGCUGCACUGGACUCGGCGGUGCCCCACUCCCAGGUGCCUGAUGGCGACCCGGAAGUGGACUCCGACAUGGAAGUGGACGCCGACGAGAGCCAGGCCCAGAACGGCCCGGCCGGUACGGCCCCCGCCCGGGAACCCGGCUCGCCCCCGCCGCCGCCGCCGCCCACGGAGAAUGCUGCGGCCCACGGGGAUGCUGCGGCCAAGUGCGCGGCCGCAACCCCGCCUGCCGCCACGGGCGCCACCGACGCCCAGGAAAUGGACGAGGAUGAGGGCAUCCACAGCCACGACGGGAGCGACCUCAGCGACAACAUGUCCGAGGGCAGCGACGACUCGGGGUUGAACGGGGCGCGGCCCGUGGCGCCCGACACGGGAGAGAAAAGCGCCCCCGACGACGCCGGGCCGGGCAAGGGGGCCGGGGGAGCGUUUGUUUGCAUCUUCUGCGACCGGUCCUUCCGAAAGGAGAAGGACUACAGCAAGCACCUCAAUCGCCACCUGGUCAACGUGUACUUCCUAGAAAAAGCAGCGAAAGGGCAGGAGUGAUCACACUGGACAAGGCUUCAGCUCUUAUUCUGUAAGAUCUAUUACAUUUUGUAUUCAUUUACGGUAGUAGACAACCUUUGGAAUUAUUUUUUUAAAUUCUCUCUCAUUAAUGUUCAGUGUUUUAAUCCCUCCCCCCUUUUAGAUAGCGCUCUCCGCCUCCCCCUCCCUUUAUGGCUCUUAAAAUUGUUGAUACACAAAUUGUAGCAAAUCAGAGGGAGUGUCUUCAACCAGCAGACACCUAAAUCGGUUAGUGCAGUGAAUAAGAAGCUUGAGAUGGUGUUAGAGCAUGCUAUUGCUGGUCCCGCGGUAAUCGGUUAGUUUCUUGUGUCUCUCUUCCUUGUUCCAUUUUAGUUUAUUCUUAGUUCAUUGUUUAGCUCUAAAAAUUGGCCUACUUAAAAUAGCAAAUUACUUGAAAAUUUUUGCCUGCUUUAUAUAAAGUUAGCACUUUAAAAUUUUUUUUAGAGAUAAGAAGAGACAUUAAAAUUGAAGAAAAAUUCUCCCAACAGUGGACAUUGUAUCAGUCCAGGUAUUUACUUCCUGAGUUUGAUCAAUAUUUCUUGUAUGUGUAUUUUAAUCGUCAUAAAAACUAUGAUUUUGGUGUGUGGUUUUUUUUUUUUUUUGGUGCUUUAAUGGCUUAAGAUGUUGCACAUUGUUUUUUUUUAACCUAUGCAGUUAAAUUUUUUUCCUAGAAAUAGCAUUUGUGUUGAAUAGUAACACUUUAUACAUAUAUAUGCAUGUUUAUUUUGGCCUCUUUGGAGAGGGGGUGCUUUUAGUCUUGUUUGCAAAAGGGCAGUUUUCUUUUUCUUUUGCUGCAAUUGUCUUUUUUGCAGAAUAUUGGUGUGUGCAAGUUUGUGAGCAAAUGAAACAUGCAGCUUCAAUCCUUUGAUUUUCACAUCCUCUAUCAAUGCCAGACUCUUUAUUUCAUGUUAUUUAUUUUAAAUGAAUGAUAGUACAGUCACAGCUCUCAGUCUGAACUUUGCAAUAAACAAACCACAGCGGCUAUCUAUGGUAUGUUUUUUGUUUUUUUUUUUAUCUCAAAUACCAACCAUCAGAACUUUUUUGACCUGUUUUGGUACAGGUAUUUCCUAAAUGUACAGUGCUAAGUCAUAUUUUCAAGGACAGCUCUUUAGAACUCUUUUCUAAAUAGAUGGUUGGUGUUCACACGGCUACUCAGCUGAAUAUGAAAUUCUAAGUGCUAUUUCAAAACUGCAGACCUGGAUUUAGAAGACAUAAUUAUCUCAGAAUAACUCAGAACAUUAGCUGAGAGAUUUCUAAAGCCAUAGCUUUGAUCCAGAAACCUAGGGUAAGGAAGAUAGUGUGAGCGCUGGUACACCAGCCUCCACUUCCCAUGAUACAAAUCCACUGAAAAAAGACGAGUGAAAUGACUUUUCCUUCAGUCCAGGCUUACCGAUCACACUUUCUCAGGGAUCUCCACAGCCUUGUGGGUGUCCUGGCUGUCUGUGCGACAGUCUCUUUUGAUAUUUGAGGCCUCAAGGAAAUGCAGCUAUCGUUGUGAACCUGGCAGAGGGCACUUUGUAUAAUAGUGUCCACUCCCACAGUUUUUUGGUAUGUUUGGCCAGUUGCCAAAAAUAACAUGAGUGCAACAGAGGAUUUUUCUUGGGAUAAUACUUAAGUGUUGCAGUCAAGUAAGGUUCGAUCCCAGUAGGGGAUCAUGAACAAUUCUGUCUCAUGAGCUGUUUUGAAGAAACCACUUUUUUUUUUUUUUCCUGAUUUGGUGAUCUCUUUGAGGCAGGUUUCCUUUUUUGGGCAGUGAGACAGGGAAGAUUAGGAAAAGCAUUGAUGAAGUGUGGUUAGGUAACUGGUUAAACAUCAGAGUGAAGUUUGUGUUAAGAGACAUACAAACUUGGAAUUGACUGGGAGGCCAAAGAUGUAAAGAAGAUUCUAGAUGUGAGGAGUAAGUUGUGUGUUGAUGGUGUGUGUUUUGUUUGCAUGAAUGAGAAUUUGUAGAUGAUGUUGAAUUUUAGGUAAAUUCUUGGCUCGGACAAUCAUUGUCAACAGAAGAUCACGCUGCAAAUAUUUAUGUUGUAAAACUUAAGUUAUAAAGCUAGUUAAGUUUUUCUAACAGCUAGUUUUAAUAUUCAUGGUACAGUUUAUGUAAGUUACCUUUUACAUUGAAUAUAAAAAGAUUCAUGUUAAUACAGAUUGGAUAUUGGGAAUCAGUUUAGGGAAAAGAAAGAAAAGUGGAUUCUUUCAUACUACAGAAAAAAUAACUUGUAGGAAAUUGGGCUGAUUGCAUAUCUAAUUUUUAAGACUAGAAUGCUAAAAGAAUAUGAAGGAAAUUAAGAAUCCCUUGUUACAAAAUUGAUCUGUGAAAAAAGAUUGUUACUGGAAAUUGAGUGAGACUUGAGGCCUUUCUUCCAGAAAACAAGGACUUGUCAGGCCUAUAUUAGGUUCUGAACCUUAAUGCCAUGUAUUUGUACUUAUUAAAAAUUGUUUCAAUGAAAAGCAUAUUAGUAUGAACUUCUGGUCUAGUUGGGAGUUCUUCCAUUUGAAAAAUGUGAUAUUUGCAUGGAACCUUUUGAAUAUUUUUGUUUCCUUGGUUUCCCUCUACUGGAUAGAAUUAAAAUUAGCAUUUUCCCUUUUGAUAUAAGAAUAAAGAACAAACAUGUUAUUUGUAAAUUGAUGUUUAGUAAAUAGAGAUAAACUUGAAACAGUAGAAUACAUUAUAAGCCUAAUCUUAGUUAGUCUUAUUGAAAUGUUUCUCUUAACUAUCUUUUGAACCUAUAUUCACAUUGGUUUUCAAGAUAUUUUAAGUUAUAUUUUUCCUCUUUUCAGAGCUGCUUUUGGGGGGCUUUAAAAAUUGAGGUGUAAUUUACAAGUGGCUAAAUCUCUUUGAUAGGGCUUCUUUAUAACUGGCUGGAUGUUUUGCUCUAGUCUUCCAAGAAAGGACCAUUUUAUUUUUUAGAAAAGUCACGUGGUCUUUACCUUUGGGGACUCCUUUGCAUAUGUGUGCUAAUACAAAUUUAAACCCAAGUAGACCUCAUCAGAUGUUACCCCAUGAAUGUUGACAAUGGAAGGAAUUGAAUACCUUGCCUGUAGUAUAUCAGUUCUGGGCUGAAAAGCUGGGGAAGAAAAUUUUCUUUUUUGUAUAAACUAGGAAAACAGUGUGAAGUUCCCUUGUUGACCUCAGCAGAUGAACUGAGCUGAUAGUAUUAAUUCAGAUUCAAGGAAUUAUCUGAAUCUUGGUUUGUGUAGACUUGUGAUCUACAUGCAAUAUUAACUGAAUGAGAUAGCUUUUACAGUACCGUAAUGUACUUAGGCUCUCCCCACCCUUUCAACAUCCAUUAGCUAAUGAACUUUGUAAACUGGCAUUGAAACAUUACAGCAAUGUUUUGUUGCACCAAUUUUAUAAACUUUUACAGUGCAAUACAUGUUACUUUUCAGAAACAAACCAAAGGUUAAUUUCUCAAGGUUAUUGCUGCUGGCUUUAGCAGCAUAUGAUGGAGGAUCUUUUAUAUACAUUUGUAAUAGAUAAAAAUCAGAUUGGAAAUCCUUGUUUAAAAAGCUUAAACCAUGUACCAAGGUUUUGGUCCAAAUUGUGUAGGAUAAGUUAAACUUAAAUUGCAUUCUAUUAACCAGUAUGAGUGUAUUUCUGUAAGCAUAGUUAUGUUGAAAUAAAGAUUUAAAAAGCC